GACUAAUUCUAAAAGCUUUGAAUGUAUAUCAAGCUCUGUCAACAAUAGACUAUAUAUGCACAUAUGUUAUGGUACAGAUAUGUAGGAAGAUUGAUGCCACAGGAUUCGGGAAUGAGAAGGAAAUUCAAAAACUAAGUGCAGACUUGUGGUUGCACAAUAAUAACAUCCCCAUCCAUUUGAAGCGUAUUAUUCGACAAUAUGUGGCAUGGAAACUGGAAUACAGCAAAGAUGUCAAUCUUCAGACUGUGCUCUCUGUUCUUCCCCUAAAACACAAAGAGUCUAUCAAGAUUCAUUUUUGCUUAGCUACCCUGAAGAAAUUGCCGAUGCUUCAACAUAUUAGUGAGCAAAUGCUUAAACGAAUCAUAGAUCAUGUCAAGCCAGUGAUGUACAAUGCAAACAGCUACAUUAUCCGAGAGGGUGAACCACUUGAUUUUAUGCUUUUCAUUACGCAAGGCACCGCGUGGAGCUUCACAGCUAAUAAUUAUAGAUCUUUCACCAGUUUUACGCGUCUUAAGAAAGGUGAUUGCUAUGGUGAAGAACUUGUGCAAUGGACAUCUACAUUUGCCUCCUUCCUGGACUUCCCAAUGUCGCACUCAAAUGUCAAAUCCCAUACCAAAGUCGAAGCCUUCAUUCUCAAUGCCAGCGAAUUGAUGACUUUUGUCUCUACUAACUGGAGCCAUUUCACCAGAAACAAACGCCUUGAUCUAACCAGAUCUAACUUGGAGCGUUUGGACUCUGCUGCACUUCAAAGUGUACGAAAUUUCUGGGAAAGUUACCGGCGCCGCCGCCAUUCCCAUUAUCCUAGAAGACUUAAAAUCCAACGGAGCAGUGUGGCUAACAGAGCCACGUUCUAAAUGGUCAUGAAAUCUCUAGGCCAUGGUAUAAGCAUUUACUGCAAGAUGAUGAAGGCAUUCCUAUGCUUUACUUUAUGGACUAUUUACACACUAAAUAUUGUUGUAAAGUCAUUAAUAUAUAGUUUCUUUAAAUCCUUUUCUUUCUUUCUUUCCAUAUUUUCUGUGGAUUAAUCAUGCACCAAUUA